AACAACUAGAUUUGGCCCCAUUCACGUGGUCUAGGCCUCCCGUCCAUCUUUCUUAUUUCAGGCGGCUAUGCGUCUGUCUUUCGGAUUUGCUUGAACUCUUCAUUCAUCCUAUCUGCAAGCAUGUCGGACAAGAUUACCACGUUCGUCGAGAGUCUAAGUCUCUCCUCUCUACAGGCCCAGAAGCUACAGGAAUGGCUGCAAGGGGACUCUGAUACUGCAGCCAUAUUUUCCAGUCAGAAUAUUACCAAGUCAGCUUCAAUAAAAAUCGCUUUUCUGUUGCUGUCCAGUUUCUUUCAACUUCUCAUCGUGAAUGACCCGGAAGGAGUGUCAGCAUUGGACGCUCACUGGUCGGCCGCUUGUUCCGAGUUUCCAUCUUUUAUUGUCCUCCCGAAGUCUGGAGAUGACGUCUCUAUUGUUCUAAAAGUCGUGCAGUCUCUACGCAUUACGUUUUCCAUCCGCAGUGGUGGCCAUUCGCCGAACCCUGGCUGGUCCAGUACGGGCCAGCCAGGCCUCGUGAUAGAUCUCAAGAACCUCAAUCAGAUCACUGUCAGCGAAGAUAAACAGAUUGUGAGCUUAGGUCCCGGUGCGCUGUGGGGCGACGUCUACACUGCUUUGGAUUCAAGCGGAAUCAGUGUUAUUGGCGGCCGUAUUCCGUCAGUGGGCGUUGGUGGCUUGAUAUUAGGGGGCGGCUUUUUCCAUUUCUCAAGCCAGUAUGGCCUUGCCGCAGACAACGUCAAGAAUUUUGAAAUCGUGCUUGCCGACGGCACAGUUACCAACGUAAAUAUGGAAGACAAGCCGGAUCUCUUCUGGGCACUGAAGGGAGGAGGUGCCAAUUUCGGGGUUGUCACACGUUUUGACCUCUACAGCAUCCCCGUGAAUAACAUCUGGUAUCAAAUCGACAUAUACCAGAUCGAGCAGGUCCCUUCCAUUUUCCAAGCCUUCGCGGAAUGGCAAAAUACUUUCUCUGAUGUUAAGGCUACCGUAGCUUUGAUCGUUAGUCUGGACGUUGUCACGCUGGGCUUGAUAUACUCUGAGCCUUGUUCCGAGCAACCGGCCUGCUUCGCGCCAUUCAACGACAUACCUGCUGUUACUCAGGCUAUACCACCUACUAAUGGCACAGUUCUAGCUCUGACACAGAUUCUAGGAGCAGCUGCCUCUAGUUGUCCUCCUCACUUGCAACGACACGACUACCGCGGCGCGAGCUCCAAAAUCGACGCCCAGCUGUACGAAGACGUUUACAAUUUCUGGAGAGAAAAAGCACUCGCAGUGAGAGACUCUACGGGAGCUAAUCAGACUUUCGUCCUUCAACCAAUUUCUGCCUCCAUGGUUCAGUACGGGAUCGAGAAAGGCGGAAAUUGCCUCGGUUUGCGGCCGGAAAAUGCUCAAUGGUGGACUACCCUCAUAGACUGGGAACACGCUAGUGACGAUGCAAUUGUGAGAGAGGUAUCAAUCGCAACCACGAAGAAGUGGAAGGAGCUAGGGCAAGAGCGAGGAUUGCACGAUCCUUUCGUCUACAUGAACGAUGCAUCGAGAGAUGAGAACCCGUUAAUGUCGUAUGGAGAAGAAAACUUGGCGAAACUGAAGGCUGUGUCUCUUAAGUACGACCCGUCGCAGGUCUUCCAGAAGCUGCAGAAUGACGGCUUUCUACUUUCCAAGGUUUGAUGGAGGAUCCAGCUUUGCUGGGAUCCCGCGAUAUUGUUUGUGAUAUCAUAUAUUCCGCUCGCUAUACAGAAAAUGAUAAGAAGGAUUAGACUGAGGCUAUUUAGUGUCGAUUAAGGGCCAAUAUUCACCGAAUGUAAAGGCUAUGCGCGAACAAGAACUAUCUACCCAAUUCAAUAACUACCUACCUGAGUACAUUGAAUUGACCACAAUCUUUUCCGCUGUUGA